CAGUAUAAAAGCAGCGCUGACCGCAGAGCAGCUCAGACUUUCAGGUGAUCCCUGCAGACUCUGAUCCGGGUUAUGGAGCGCACUUUCCGGGAGCAGCUCUUCUUCCUGCUGUUGUGUCUGUCGGUCCUCAAGGGAGACUCCAGAUACAUAGAGAACAACGAGAUUGCAAAAGAUGAAUUAUAUUCCAUUUUCAACCCUGAUCCCAAGAGGGAUUCAGCUGAUGUGCUCAUGUACCGCCGACCUUUACGCUGCCUGGACAUGGUCUCAGUGGAGGGUCAGUUCACCUUCACAGCUGAGUCUCCUCAGCUCAGCUGUGCUGCUUUCUUCAUGGCUGAACCCAACGAGGUGAUCAGCGUGGAUUACGACCAAGCAGACAUCGACUGCAGCGGAGGAGACUUCAUCACAGUGUUUGAUGGCUGGGUGAUGAAGGGUGAAAAGUUCCCCAGCACUCAGGAUCACCCGCUGCCUCUGCAUGAGCGUUACGUGGACUUCUGCGACUCGGGGUCAGUGAGGAGAAGCGUGCGCUCCUCUCAGAAUGUGGCCAUGAUCUUCUUCCGCGUCCACAGCGCCGGCAGCAGCUUCACGGUGACGGUCAGAAAGCACAUCAACCCCUUCCCCUGUAAUGUCAUCUCACAGUCACCAGAGGGCACUUACACUAUGGCGAGCCCUCAGCAGCACAGGAACUGCAGCUUCUCCAUCAUCUAUCCAGUAGCCAUCGACAUCUCAGAGUUCAGUCUGGGACGGCACAACCUUCCUAAGAGAGCCUUGCCUGGAUGUGCAGAGACCGGGGACUACGUGCAACUGUUAGGAGGAAACGGCAUUGACACGUCAAAGCUGCUUCCCAUCGCAGACCUUUGCAUCUCCUUCAGCGGACCCACCCACAUGAAGAUCGCCUGUGACAACACGGUGGUGAGGAUGGUGUCCAGCGGGAGGUUUGUUAGUCGAGUGUCUUUCAGCUACCGGCUGCUGGACAGCCAGGAGUUACAAACCAUCAAACUGAACAAUGUGGAGGACUUCUGCUUCAACAACUGAUCCACUUCUGUGACAAAUGCACCACUUGACUGAAACAUUUUAAAAGUCAUUUUAUUGAAAGCAACAGAUCGACCCAAUCAGUGUAAAACACAUGGACCCUGACACCCCACCGUUUAUUCUUCCAUGGUUCAUUGUUGUUGCUUAUACCUUUAAUGUCCAUUCGUGUUUGAUGGAGCUGCUGUUUUUUAUGUGUGCUUUGUAUAAAAUAUGUAUUUAUUGACAUGAGACUUAUUCAGUUAUUGUUAUUUACAGUUUGUUUUUGAAGGGGAAUGGUGCUAAAAUGAAUGUCAUUUUCUGUUUGUGUGAAUGAGACCAAGUCAUCUCAUGUGACACAGGAGGUAAAUAAAACAAAACACACACUCGAGGCCAUUAUGCAGUUACAUUUUUAAUCAGAUAAACACAUUUUUGUAAUAAAUUUAUACUGCACAGCAAAACAUAUGGAAGUG